AGUACCGAUUUGAGUCAUGAUUGAUGUGAUAACGUGUUUUACAAUACUAUUUCCACAUUAUAUGAAUUUCGAUGAAAAUUGUGGUGAUUAAUACUUAAAUAUGACUAACACACACUCGCGAUGCGGGUUUUUGACCAAUAUAAUGUUCAUUCGUUGUGUUGUUUAAGUUAAACGCACUGCCAACGCUCUUUUACGUUUAUUAAGUUCAAUUAAAAUUAAUUUUUAACCAUCCUGUUAGUGUUAGGGACGUUCCCUUAAUAGUGUCGUUAUCUAUAACGUGCGAGACGGUUUGUUUGUGUACGUAUAGUGAUUGUGAUGUGUGAAGAGUAGGUAAAAUGGAACAGCGUUCACAAUUUUCGGAAUUAUUGCGGUAUUCCCGCUCGAUGUUGACUGCCGCAGGAGUUUUAACUGUUAUUAUAAUGAUUGUUGGAGUUGUUGGUAACUUAUUGACAAUUAGUGCUUUAGUACGACAUGCAAAACUACGAACUGUUGCAGCUGCAUUCAUCGCAAGUCUUUGCAUAUCGGACUUGAUGUUCUGCUUUCUAGUCCUACCAUUUUCUGCAAGUCAGUUCUUUCACGGUACGUGGAUCCAUGGAGAAAUCCUUUGUACAAUGAUACCAACGCUAAGAUAUGGUUGCGUCGGUGUAUCUUUGUUAAGCAUUGGAUCAAUAUCAAUAAACAGAUACAUACUCAUAGCUUGGCCACAUUUAUAUCAAACGAUCUAUACAAAAACCAAAGUGGCGAUCUAUAUAGGCAUAGUUUGGAUCUUCAGCUACGGACUGUUAAUUCCCACUCUACUAGGAAAAUGGGGGGAGUAUGGAUUGGAUGCCAAAUUGGGAACAUGCUCCAUAAAACCAGAUGAACACGGGCACAGUUCGAAAACGGCGCUAUUUAUUAUAGCUUUUUGUUUACCUUGCGCAGUAAUAGUGAUAUGUUAUGCUAAAAUUUAUUGGGUAGUUAGAGAAUCCCACAAGAAAAUGCAGCAACAUAAUUCCGGAAACAAAUAUAAACGUAGUGAAAUGAAAAUAACGAAAAUGGUUUUGGUUAUUUUUAUUUGUUUUGUCGUAUGCUAUUUACCUAUAACUUUAGUGAAAAUUUUCGAUGAUAAUGUGGAACAUGCCCCUUUGCAUGUUAUCGGUUAUUUGUUAAUAUAUUUGUCGAGUUGUGUUAAUCCAGUUGUAUACGUUACAAUGAACAGACAGUAUAGGUUAGCUUACAUUGAUACAAUUCGAUGUAAAUACAAUAGUAAUUUGGAUUCUCAGUUAACACAACCCCCGCCAAGUAAAAAUAACAUGUCAGUGGCUUAUUUGAAAAACGUAAUUACCCAAACACCAAGUAAAGCGUGAAGAUAAUAGGUUUGUUUCAACCUGCUAGUGUACACCGUUCUUGGAACGGUUAUCGGAACCUUUCAUAGAUAUUUUCUGAGCAAUCUCCGUUUCUUGUGACCAUCUAUCAAGUAUCGAAAAGACCGUCCCAGAAACGAUUCCAAUGUCGGUUGGAACGCGUAAUCUCUAACCGCUCGGUUAGUACACGUAAUCUCCAUCGCGCAGAAUCGUCACCGUACCAAGGACGGUUUUUUGAUGGGUUGUAACGAACCUCAUAAAAAUAAAAAUAGAAUAUUGAUUAGAACUUUACUUCCAAGGAAUUUUGUGACAGUAGCUUGUUUGACUGUGUGGUACCUAUGAUCCAGAUGAAUAUAUAGGCUUACAUAUGUUUGACGACAUUAUUAUCAGAAUGAAAUCUGUGAAUGAUGCUUCACAAAAUAAAUUUUAAAAAAGCGGGCAAUUUAUCAAAAUUAUGCAUUUUUAAUCGUUCAAACUCCUAGAAAUCAUUGUUAGUACGUAAAUAAACUAAAUCGAUAAUUAAUUAUCUUUUUAUUGCAAUUUGGGUACUAAUACUGAAAUUGAGUUUUUUUUGUACUAAAAAAUAUAAAUAACUCUCUUAGUUUUUAUGCUAGAGAGUUCUACUAACUCUCAUUUUUAAGGUUUUUGAAAAAGAUUAUAUGCAAUUUUCUCGAAAAAUUAACGUUUUUCUGUUAUUUGACGUUGAAUUUUGAAAAAUUUUCGUUCGAAUGAUGUUUUUAACAUUCAAGAAAUCAUAACUCGGUUUGUAUUAGACCUACAACUAAUUAAAAAGCACAUUAGGAAGCAAUAAUUUUUGCUUCAUACACGUUUAUUGAUAAAAUCAAAAGUUUUUGAGUUAUUCAUGAAAAAUUGACCAAAAACGUGGUUUUUUUCAAACCAAAUUUGAAUUUUUAAUCGCACAUAACUCAUUAAAAAAAAUGCAAAGAAUAAUUUUGGUUUAAACUUUGGUCUUCUUCUAUCGAUUCCCACACAAAAAUUUUCACCCCCUAGUUGGACUUUAUGGGCAAUACCUCAUUUUCAUACCAUUUUUAUAAUUACAAACCAAGGCGAGAUCGAGAAGAGACUACAAAAAUAUCGAUUUAAUGUGAAGAAGUAUAAAUAAUCAUUGAUUAUUUUGAUAAUAGAAUAGAUAAUCAUUCUAAUAUUGUUGAUUGAACUGUUUUACUUCCUUUAUAUUUCAUAUAUUGAUAUUUCAAAAUCGUCUAAAUUGAUAUGUCUCGUGAUUAUGUAUAUGCCAAAGAAAAAGCAAUAAUGUAAAUAGAUAUAAUAAUACUGGAGAUUCCUGUGAUUUUUGUAGGAAAGAGUUAGAAUUAGUAAAAAUAUUAUUAAAUGUACAGAUUGAAUAAUAGUUGUGUGACAUUUAUCAUUCUCAUUCGAUUACUUGACUGAAUACAAAGCAAUAUCUUAUAGAAUACAUACAAAGUGAACGCCUCAAUUAUCUCUUGUAUAUUGGUUAUCCAUUCUCUUUUGAUUUUUUUCCCAAUUUAAUAUGAGUUCUAGACAUAGAGUCAAUAUUUUCAUCAUAUAAUAUUCAUGGUAUCAUAUUAUUAUAUGAAAAUUGAAGGUGGAUGCCAUAUAAACGUGAUACUUGUGCCUCGAAUACUAGAAGGUUUAGAAACGCUUUUUUAACAACAAUGAAGAAUUAUAUUCAUUCAGUUUUUCAUUCUUUGUUGCCACUGUUUAUUAUUCAUCACAUUUUAACGUUAUUUUUUUUUUAAUAUAUCAUGGAAUUACUGCAAAAGCCGUUAAGUCCAGUUUUGUUAAGUACGAAAACUCAUUUUGAAUGUUCUGAAAAAAAUCCGUAAUUCCAUAAAAUUGUUUAAUGCUGUUUUCAUAGCAUACCAUAUUCUCUAGUCCAAAAAACAAUAUUUUUAAACAGUUCUUGGAUAUCCAAUGAAUCAAUCUUUUUAGUAUAAUGAAUUAUAGAAAACUAAUUAAACAGCAAAAAUCGUUUUAAGUCACUAAAGCGAUUCUUCGAGAAUGAUUUUCUCAACAGUUUACCCAAAUUCGUUACAAUAAGUGUGCAGUUGUGUUUACAUAGAUUUUUUUCACAAAUUGGAUGCAAAGGAUUAUUUCGUACAUACCAAGUGUAUUUCCAGAGGUGCAAAGUGUGUUAGGAUGAUUUUAGAAGAGAAAAAUGUUAUUGAUGGUGAGUAAUUUUAACAAAAAUAUCGUUUUGUACCGGCGUAGAGAAAGUUAGGUUAAGAAUUCUAACCUCUGUUAUAUUCUGAUGCCGAAAAAAAAUUAGUCUAUUUAUGUUGAUAACUCUAUAAGUUAUUAAAUUAAAAUUGAAACCGGUAAACUCAAUAACGAGCUUAUAAUCCGGUAAUUGACAUUUUCGGCACGAUGAUAUCUGAAAUUUUCCAAUUUGGAAUUUGAAGGUUUUGUAUUACAAGUUCAAUUUGUUCAUAUUGUCAGUUGUAUCGUGUGGUCUAAAACACACGCCAUAUGUUUUUUAAUAUAAUUUGACCAAAAAGUACAAUGAAACUAAGAAAUUAUUUUUUUCUUUUUUGGUUUCAGAUGUAUCUUCAGGACGUGAAGAGUUUAAUAUCCCUAAUGAGAAAGAUUAUUCCCUUGAAUUAAACGUAAACGCCGUUCUUCAAGUUUGUCCUGUGCUGUAACUAUGGACGUUCGUACUAAGAAAACAAGCUCCUAAAUCUUGAUUCCUCCGUAAUUCAAAACACACACAUAAAGAAUUUUUCCUCUAUGUCAAGCGUGGUAACCAUGGACAUUCAUUACCAAGAAAGCGACCUCCUUAAUCUUGAUUACCAUGCCAGGACCCUCACCUGAAGUUGCAGCCUCCAUUAAUAUCAAGAUGAGAAUCUUGCAAGUAACAAUGAUAAUGAGGACUUACGUGAUGAGUGGGAAGAUUUUGAAUCAGUUUGUUUGAUUGAAAAUCAUGAUUUUGCAGUCGAAGAACAAUCCGACGAAGCUAGUGAAGAAGAAGGUGAAAAAAAAACAUGAAAUGGCGAUAAACGAAGUCAACCCGGAUGACAUUACAGUGACAAAUACCCGAAUAAAGCAAAGGAGAUGGAAAAAAGUGAUCCAUAAUAAUGGAAGAAAAAUUUACGAGGAAAACAAAAAAUCGAGUCAAAGCUACCAAAGCCUAUGAGCUGAUUAUCAAUAUGCAAAAACUUCUGGGGAAGUUAUUAUCGAAAGCAAAAAGAGUUUAUUCUUGGUACCACAGAAAGUGUACAAGAAGAAGAAUUCGAACAAAUGGCAUAGUGAGGGAUAGGAAAUAUACUUUAUUAAUUACAGCGGAAAUUUUAGAGUAUGCAAAGCCUUUUUUUAUCAAAAUACUUUGUAUUUCGGGCGAUAUAAUCGACACAGCUUAUAAAGAAAAAGGAAA